AUGAGUGCAAGAACUCAUUCACCACAGGAUCAAAUAUACGGUCCAUUAAAUAUCCCAUCAUAUUGCUGGCCUAUUAUCGAUACACCUGAAUAUCAGAGAUUAAGAUAUGUUGCACAGCUUGGUCCAGUUCAAUACGUUUUUCCAAGUGCAAACCAUUCAAGAUUUGAGCAUUGCUUAGGAUGUGCUCAUCUUGCAUCAACAUUAAUGGAACAUUUCGAACAAACCCAGCCAGAACUUAAUAUUAAGCCCGAAUACAAACAAAUUGUUGUUAUUGCUUCUCUUUGCCAUGAUUUAGGUCAUGGCCCUUACAGUCAUUUAUUUGACGAGAUCGUUCGCCCGUCAUGCCCUACAUGGGAUCAUGAAGAAAUGGGAGGUGAAAUUUUACGUUAUAUUGUCAAGACAUAUAAUGUAGGAAUACCAUCUGAUAUAAUUGAGGCUGCCUGUGCUGCUAUCAAGGGCGAAGAAUAUGGUGAUUAUCCAAAAUGGUUAUUCCAUAUCAUCGCUGACAAGAAGUUUGACAUUGAUAUUGACAAGUUUGACUACCUUGCACGCGAUAUGAAUAGAACUCUUCAUAUUUCUAAGUUCGAAUACGACAGAUUAAUCGUUAAUUGCAGAAUUACUCAAGGCAAACUCUCCUGGAGACUAUCCGAAAUACCUACAAUCGAGCGCUUAUUCUUUAAUAGAAAUGAUAUGCAUAAUCGUGUUUACAAGCAUCGUGUUGCACUUUCUAUCGGUGCCAUGAUUGAAAAUAUGUUCCAGUACAUCAACGAGCACCUCAACUUUGCAGAGCUCAUCAAAGAUCCUAAAGAAUACUGUAAAUACGAUGACAGAAUCAUUUUCCUUGCUGAAUUAGGUCAAUUUGGACCAGAAGCCCAAAAGAUAGCCAUGGAUAUCCGCUACCGUAGACUUUAUAAAUGUGUUGGCGAGCUUCGUGUCAGACCUGGAAACGUUCAAGGCGAAACAUAUUCUCAAUUACCUCCUUCUAAGAUUGGAGAUGAUAUUGCAGCUACAAUGAACUUAGAUUCGUCGAUUUUCAAGGUCAUUCCUCUCAAGUUUAGGUAUGGAAUUAGCAAGAACAAGCAUCCAUUGCUUGAAGUUCCAUUUUGGAAACCUGGUUGCGAAGAAAUUAUUAAUUUACAGCCAGAAGAUAUCAGUGCCAUUGUUCCUGCUUACUUUGCUGAAACAGCUAUGAGAGUAUUCAUUACAGAUUCUUCUCAGUUAUCAGUUGCAAAGCAGGCAUUCGAGAAAUGGUUAACAACUUCUCCAUUCUUCUAA